AUGGAAGACAUGUUCCGGAGAAAGUCAGAGGCCAUACGGCACAUUGUGGAGGCAGCCGAAGAAGCACAUCACCAGCACGAGGAGGUUCCAGACUUACAGUACGAGUACUUCAACGCGGUGCUCAUCAACGAGCAGGACGAGGAGGGCAACAGCGUGGAGAUGGGCGGAGACUUCCAGCUGGAGCCCAACGACCACUUCAACAACCUGGCCGUCAACCUCAGCCUCAGCGUGGUGCAGGUGCCCACCAACAUGUACAACAAAGAUCCAGAUAUUGUGAACGGUGUGUAUUGGUCCGAGGCUCUGAAUAAAGUUUUUGUGGACAAUUUUGAAAGAGACCCGUCCCUGAUAUGGCAGUACUUUGGAAGUGCCAAAGGUUUCUUCAGACAAUACCCUGGUGUGAAGUGGUACCCAGAUGAGAACGGUGUCAUCGCAUUUGACUGCAGGAACAGGAAAUGGUACAUCCAGGCGGCCACGUCUCCUAAGGACGUGGUGAUCCUGGUGGACGUGAGUGGGAGUAUGAAGGGGCUGCGGCUGACCAUCGCCCGCCAGACCGUCUCCUCCAUCCUGGACACGCUGGGGGAGGACGACUUCUUCAACAUCAUCGCUUAUAAUCAGGAGAUUCACUACGUGGAACCCUGCCUGAACGGAACUCUGGUCCAGGCUGACAGAACCAAUAAGGAUCAUUUCAGAGAGCACCUGGACAAGCUCUUUGCUAAAGGGAUUGGUCUUCUGGGUAAUGCGCUGGCGGAGGCCUUCACCAUACUGGAGGAGUUCAACCAGACGGGGCGGGGCAGCAUAUGCAGCCAGGCCAUCAUGCUGGUCACCGACGGAGCCACGGCCAUGUACGACGACGUCUUCGAGAAGUUCAACUGGCCCGACAGGAAGGUACGCAUCUUCCCUUACCUGAUUGGACGUGAGUCAGCUUUCGCAGAUAACCUGAAAUGGAUGGCCUGCGCCAACAAAGGAUACUUCAGUCAGAUCUCCACGUUGGCUGAUGUGCAGGAGAAUGUAAUGCGAUACCUGCAUGUGAUGAGUCGACCUAAAGUGAUUGACCAUGAGCACGACACUGUCUGGACCGAAGCCUAUGUGGACAACACACUUACGCAGGCAUACAAGCUCCGCGACAGCCGAGGCCUGAACCCCGUCACCACCGUCGCCAUGCCCGUCUUCAGCACCAAGAACGAGACCAAAAACCAAGGCAUCCUCCUGGGUGUAGCCGGGACAGAUAUCCCUCUUCAAGAGCUUAUGAAAGCUGUACCAAAGCAUAAGCUUGGUAUCCAUGGCUAUGUCUUUGCGGUCACCAAUAAUGGCUACCUUCUCAUCCACCCAGACCUGAGGCCUUUGUACCAGGAGGGCCAGAAGCGGAGGAAGCCCCACUACAGCAGUGUCGACCUGUCAGAGGUGGAGUGGGAAGACACAGACGACGUUUUGCGUAAUGCCAUGGUGAACAGAAAGACCGGAACAUUCUCUAUGGAAGUGAUGAGGACAGUUGAUAAAGGGAAACGUGUCCUGAAAAUGCACAAUGACUACUAUUACACAGACAUCAAAGGGACCCCAUUUAGUGUAGGGGUAGUGCUCUCCAGAGGCCAUGGCAAAUACUUCUUCAAAGGAAACGUCUCAGUAGAUUCAGGCCUCCGCGACCUUGAUCAGCAGGAUGUCGCCCUGGCAGACGAGUGGAGCUACUGCAACACGGACGAGCACCACGAGCACCGCUACCUGACCCAGAUCCAGGCCAUCAAGCUCUACCUGACCGGACGCAAGCCCCACCUCAAGUGUGACAGGGAGCUGAUCCAGCAGGUGCUGUUUGAUGCCGUGGUAACUGCCCCCAUGGAGGCCUACUGGACUGGGCUGGCCCUCAAUAAGUCCGAGAACUCUGAUAAAGGUGUGGAGAUUGCAUUUCUGGGCACACGCACUGGCCUGUCCAGGACCAACCUGUUUGUAAACCCAGAGAAGCUCACCAAUCAAGACAUCCUGACGGCCGAGGACACGGAGGGCGUGUUCAACGCUGACCACUUCCCGCUGUGGUACAAGAGAGCGGCGGAGCAGGUGCCCGGAACCUUCAUCUACUCCAUCCCCUUCAGCUCAGUCAUGGAGAACAAAAGUGUUGUUCUGGCCAGCACAGCUAUCCAACUGCUGGAUGACCGGAAGUCACCGAUUGUAGCGGCUGUAGGGAUACAGAUGAAGCUGGACUUCUUCCAGAGGAAGUUCUGGACAGCCAGUCGCCAGUGUGCAGCCCUGGACGGAAAAUGUACAAUCAGCUGUGACAAUGAGGACAUCAAGUGCUACCUCAUAGACAACAACGGAUUCAUCCUGGUCUCAGAGGAGUACACGCAGACAGGACUGUUCUUUGGUGAAGUGGAGGGAGCUGUGAUGAAUAAGCUUCUCCUUAUGGGCUCUUUUAAAAGGAUAAACCUGUAUGACUACCAGGCGCUGUGUAAGGAGUAUGCAGGAAGUGGGGACAGUGCUCAUUCCCUGCUGAAUCCAUUCUCUGCAGUAAAGUGGCUCCUGACUGAAAUCAUCAUAUUUCUUUUGGAGUUUAACCUGUACAGUUGGUGGAAUGUAGAUGUCUCUGUUAAAGCUGAUCGAGGGAGGGGUCGCCUCCAUAUGGUUCCCUGUGACACGGAGUACCCCGCCUUCGUUUCAGAGCGCACCAUCAAAGAGACGGCUGGAAACAUUGACUGUGAGGGCUGCAUGAGGACUUUUGUCAUUCAGCAGAUUCCCAGCAGUAACCUCUUUAUGGUUGUCGUGGACAACAAAUGUGAUUGUAGCUCCAUCUCUUCGGUUACCAUGGAGCCCAUUGAGAUCAUGUAUAUCGAGUCCCUGAAGUGUGAGCGGCUCAAGUUCCAGAAGGACAGGAAGAGGCCAGACUCCUGCCAUCCCUUCCACCCUGAGGAGAAUGCCAGGGAGUGUGGAGGGGCCUCGUCUCUCUCCCCCCAGCUUAUGGCUGCUCUGCUGCCGCUACUUAUCACCUUCAUCACCAGGUGACCGCCCUGGACCCCACGCUGACUACUAGAGCAAGCUGCCUAUCAGAGAACACCAUGCUGAUGACACAUAUCAGAUGCCACCAAUCAAAGCAAACCAUGUUAAUAGCCAACAAUGGAGACCACCAAUCAGAGCACAUCAUGCUUAACCAGGAGCAAAUGGUGACCGCUGCACUGUCCAGAGAGAAUCUUUCUGAUUUGGAGGGAACUAUCCCAUUACAGCACAACAUACAGAGAACAUACAGACAAAACAGCCGACCAGAGAGUGCAGGUCUUCCAGGAAAGACACUUUAUUAGAAAGACAGAAUCCCACUU